AGCAAACCCCCGCACGGCCACGCCUCAGUUUCUUUUCCGCCAAGCUAAAAAAAAACCUAUAAAAGCGGCCUUCAGUCGCAUAGAGGAAGAAGAAGGAGAUUAGAGAGAAAGGAAAAUGGUAGGGGCAAAUUUGAAAUCGGAGACAAUGAAGCUGAUGGAGAAGAGAAGCGGAAUGGAGGCUGAGAUGAACGCUAUCAUUGAGCAGCUCUGUCAGCCAGGGGGUCCUGGUCUCUCUGGCAACCUCGUUGAUUCCGAAGGGUUUCCACGAGCUGAUAUUGACAUCCCAGUUGUCCGAGCACAACGACAUCGUCUCGCUGAAUUGAAAAACGACCACAAGGAAAUUACAGAGAAAAUAAACGUAAAUAUUCAAGUUUUGCAUUCGUCAAGACUCACUUCAGCCCCGAAGGUCUCAGGUGUUGAAACGAAUCAAAAUGCAUCAGUUGUUGGUGCUGGUGCGUCUGCAUCCUUGCAAAACCUUGUUUUGAGAGAUUGUCCGAGUGCCAAUGAGGUGGAUAUGAUUUCUAGUGUACCCUUUGCAAUGGUUGAUGAAAUAGCUGAUUCGAGCCCUGCAGCGGAGGAUGGUUUACAACUUGGAGACCAGAUUGUGAAAUUUGGUAAUGUGAAAGCCGGCGAUAAUUUGCUACAAAGGCUUGCUUCUGAAGCUCAGGUUAAUGAGGGUCACCCAAUACCUGUCAUAAUUAUGAGACAAGGUGCACUAGUUAAUCUAAUGGUGACUCCUAGAGCAUGGCAAGGCAGGGGUCUGCUUGGAUGCCAUUUUCGUAUCAUAUAAUCUUGGCUCAUUAAUGGGGCAGAAUAUGGCAAUUUGGUUGCUUUUAUUCAUCCGUUGCAAGACAAUGCUCAGAUAGGCAUGUUGAGAUGACUUAUCUUUUUUUCCCCUUUUGGACACUUGGAGAACAUGUACCAAAUAUUUUGUUUUUGAGUGAUCAUGUGUUUUUAUUGCACCCUUAAGAUGUUCCCUUUACUCUUUCAUUACAGCUUUUAGAUAGUUUUUAUUGCAGCUAUUAUUGUGUCACUUAGCCUUUAAUAGAAAAUCAAUCUAUGCCAUUAUGAAGAUGAAUAAAAUUAAUUUCUGGUAGGUGUUGAAACCACUACCAAACCAAAAAUCUAAAUGGCU